CCCCCUCGGGCCACCCGCUCUUGAGUUGGAGAGUCCUGGCUCCCGUUCGGCUCACAGUCCGGGCAACAGAGGGACACGGGAAUGGACACAGAAGGGAGUCAGAGCAGCUUGUCGUCCUCCACGCAGGACUCCCCACACGACCCCUGCAAAAUGUUCAUCGGCGGGUUGAGCUGGCAGACGACACAAGAAGGGCUGAAGGAAUACUUUUGUAAAUUCGGCGAGGUGAAGGAGUGUAUGGUGAUGCGGGAUCCGGUUACAAAGCGGUCGAGGGGGUUUGGAUUUGUCACCUAUGUAGACCAGACCGGUGUGGAUAAAGUUUUGGCCCAAAACAGACACGAGCUGGAUUCAAAAACAAUUGACCCUAAGGUGGCCUUCCCACGCAGAGCUCAGCCGAAGCUGGUAACAAGAACAAAGAAGAUCUUUGUUGGAGGAUUGUCUGUCAACACCACCAUCGAAGAUGUGAAACAGUAUUUCGAUCAAUUUGGAAAGGUUGAUGACGCGAUGCUAAUGUUUGACAAAACCACCAACAGACACAGAGGUUUUGGCUUUGUGACCUUUGAGAAUGAAGACGUGGUGGAAAAGGUCUGCGAGAUCCACUUUCACGAGAUCAACAACAAGAUGGUGGAGUGUAAAAAGGCGCAGCCGAAGGAAGUGAUGUCACCGACAGGUACGGCACGAGGCCGCUCCAGGGUGAUGCCCUACGGCAUGGACGCCUUCAUGCUGGGAAUCGGCAUGCUGGGUUACCCAGGGUUCCAGACAGCCACUUACGCCAGUCGUGGCUACACAGGAAUCACACCGGGAUACACAUACCAGUUCCCAGAAUUCCAUUUAGAACGGACGCCCCUUUUGACUUCCUCUCACCCCCAAGAGAUCACAGCCAUUCCACUGACGGCCUACGGACCAAUGGCAGCGGCCGCAGCUGCAGCGAUGGUCAGAGGUUCCACCCACUCACGUACCGCCGGCUUCCUGGGCACCAGCAGCCCUGGGCCAAUGGCAGACCUGUAUGCAGCAGCCAAUCAGGAUUCAGGAGUCAGCAGCUAUAUCAGUGCGGCAAGUCCCGCCCCCAGCACAGGGUUUGGACAUGGACUCGGGGGUCCUUUGAUUGCAACGGCCUUUACCAAUGGCUACCACUGAGGGGUGUCCAAUCAGAGCCCAGCAUGGGAGGAGAAACUCACGCUCUUGUGAACCGUGAGCACUGCUGGCGACAUGACGUGCUUUUGGGACGAACCCCACGGGCGGCUACGGUCCCUCCUGACUCCGCUCUGGAGUUUACACCUUUUCUUUUUCUCUAUUCUCUACUAACAUCACUUUCCGUUUUCCUCAUCCCGUAUUUCCUUCCUGACGUAUCCGACUCAUUUAUUAUAUGCUGCGGUCUGUCUUCCGAAAGAAAAAAAAAAUGAAGAAAAAAACAUUGUCAAAACAAUUUUGUUUGAUUGUACGUGCGGAAACGCAAGGAAUUUCGUUUGAAUUUCGACAGUUUUUCUGCAUUUGUUACGUAUUUUUGCGGACUGUGUUUUUAUGUUUUUACUGUACUCAUGCUGUAACGGAUGAUGACGAGAAGACAGUGAGAGAGAAAGAGAAAGAAGGGGCACGAAACUGGAAAAAAAGUCCAGGAUUUGUUUGGAUUCAAGCGAAUCCAAAACUACAGCGAACAAAUACGUGAGAAUGAAUCAAAUUUUGUGAAAAACAAAGCAAAACGACUGGACAAAAAUGUAUAUUUUGGUAGUUUUUACACAGCAUUUGUAAUGUUAUAACGAACAUUCUUAAGCUGAAUCUGUUAUUUUUCCCGUAAAUUUGGUUUUACAUAAGAAACAAUGGGCCUCAUUCAUGACUUUUCUGCGUGAAUCUGCAUUCUUCAGUUUCAGAUGUAAGAAUAUUUGACACGUUUUUACACAGAACUCCGUUCUGCUCAUGUUGAUGCUCAUUGUUCAGAUUCUUUUUGUAGAUACUGUAUAUAUGCAUGGAUUUUGGGAGGAUUCAAGGGUUCAGAUCGAAUGAUGGACCGGGGUUUGUGGGAGGGCUGAGGGUCCUUUAUGGUUCUUAACAUGCAAACGUCUUUCUUCACAUUCAGUCUUGCAUUUCUGAGACUAGUUUCAUGACCAAGUUGGACCGAUGUGGGUCUGGGUUGUGCUUUUCUCGUUUUUGACUCCAUUUAUACUAAGAUCAAAGUUUUGAUCCUAAAUUCUCUGAAUCAAACGGACCUUUUGGUCACUUCGGUUUUGUAUGAAUCCUCACGCUCGUGAAUUUGAAACCAGUUAGAAACCACGUUGUUUGAUGUUUGCUGUCACUUAUGAGGCGUCACACCACAUCGCUGAAAAACCAGGUUGCGUUUUCCAUUAGAGCAAAUGAUUUGGUCCCACUUUUGGGAAACGGAAACGCGGUCUUGAUCCGCCUCAUUUUCGAAGAGCACGGCUGCUGGGCUUCUCUUCAUGCUGUUUUUGGAAAUAUAUAUUAUAUAUAUAAAAAAUUUGCGCAGUGUAUUUCUAUUGUAAAUUUUUCCCUUUUUCCUUUUUCUGUUCAUUUUUGAUGGUACAACGCUGUUUUUUUUGAAGAAAUGAAGGACAAAUUUACAAAGCAAAGGAGUCGUGAGCGUGUGAGAGAUGUGCGUGUGUGAGUGUAAGUUAGACUGAAGUAUGGACGUACACAUAGCUAGUUUACAUGCAUUCAACUGCCACCUUUGAAACUGUCUCGUCUCUGCCAGCAAUGGAGAGGAGCGUCUCUGAAAUCACAGCUCUAAUGGAGGCCUUCUGGGGAAAUUGUUACGCUUGACUAAUAAUAGACAUCCAGAGUGAUUUUUUAGUUGUUCUUUUUUCAUUUCAGCAACAUUGCAUCUGUUUGAUUUCUACUUAAUUGCAUAGAUUUUCAGUCUUCCAUUUGACACGUGUAGCCUCUCUUUGGAGCAGUGGUCACGUGACGACCGAAUCUCCAGCUGACGGGACGCCUCACAAAACUACUGCACGGCACACACUGUAACUAUUUAACCAACGAAAAGCAAUAAGUUAAUUUUAAACUCAAGUAAUAAUGAAUGCCGUUAACGGUGGUACGAAUACGACGGCGAUUAUGUGGCAUUAAGAAUUAUUUUCUAGAAGAAGAAAAAAAGCUAUAUUUUUCAAGAUCCGUUUUAACCCCUUGAAAGUUUCUCUGAUUUUUACCGUAUAUGUUAGCUGUUUGUUUGGAUGAUUUGUUGAAGGGGAUCAGCGGCGGAACUGGAAAGCAUCAGUGGACGGCGCUCCGUCCCGUUGCUGUGGAGCUGCACGUCAACACUGUGACCUGAUGCUCAAAUAAGCUGCUUCGCUGUCCCUUUACUGUAUUUUUUAUUUUAUUUUCACCUCUGGAAAUUUUCAAGUUAAAAGAACCUAAUAAAUUAUUUUAAACCAUUCCA